CCCGGCGGGCGCGGAGCGGAGCCCGCGGCUCCCGGUCCCCGCCGCUGCUGCGCCUUCAACGCGGCGGCGCCGCCGCCCCCCCGCGGCACCGGCAGCACCGGCAGCAGCGGCAGCAGCGGCAGCAGCGGCGGCACCGGCGGACAGGCCCGGCCAUGGCGGAGUCCGGCGGGGCCGAGUUCGGCGCGGAGCGGCCGAGCAGCGUGGCUGACAAGAGCAGCAGCCUGAAGUGCACCUUCUCAGCUCCUGGCCACAGCACCACGCUGCUGCAGGGACUGGCCUCGCUCCGAGCCCAGGCUCAGCUGCUCGAUGUCAUCCUCACCAUCAACAACGAAGCAUUUCAGGUUCAUAAAGUUGUCCUGGCUGCCUGCAGUGACUAUUUCAGGGCCAUGUUCACGGGCGGGAUGAGGGAAGCCAGCCAGGACGUGAUCGAGCUCAAGGGCGUGUCAGCCAAGGGCCUGAAGCACAUCAUCGACUUCGCCUACAGCGCCGAGGUCACGCUGGACCUCGACUGCAUCCAGGACGUGCUGGGAGCCGCCGUCUUCCUGCAGAUGGUGCCGGUGGUGGAGCUGUGCGAGGAGUUCCUCAAGUCUGCCAUGAGCGUGGAGACGUGCCUCAACAUCGGCCACAUGGCCACCACCUUCAGCCUGGCCUCGCUCAAGGAAUCCGUGGACGCCUUCACCUUCAGGCACUUCCUGCAGAUCUCGCAGGAGGAGGAUUUCCUCCACCUGCCCCUGGAGCGGCUGGUGUUCUUCCUGCAGAGCAACAAGCUGCGGAGCUGCAGCGAGAUCGAGCUGUUCCGCGCCGCCGUGCGCUGGCUGCAGUUCGAGCCCGAGCGCCGCGCCAGCGCCAGCCGCGUGCUGUGCCACGUCCGCUUCCCGCUGAUGAAAUCCUCGGAGCUGGUGGACAGCGUGCAGACCCUGGACAUCAUGGUGGAGGACGUGCUGUGCCGCCAGUACCUGCUGGAGGCGUUCAACUACCAGAUCCUGCCCUUCCGGCAGCACGAGAUGCAGUCGCCGCGCACGGCCGUGCGCUCGGACGUGCUGUCGCUCGUCACUUUCGGUGGCACCCCUUACACCGACAACGACCGCACCGUCAGCCCCAAGGUGUUCUGCCUGCCCGACGCCGCCGGCCGCCAGUUCCGCGAGCUGACCACCAUGGAGGUGGGCAGCAGCCACUCGUGCGUGGCCGUGCUGGAUAAUUUCGUGUACCUGGUGGGAGGGCAGCAGCUGCAGUACCGCAGCGGCGAGGGCGCCGUGGACGCCUCCUACCGCUACGACCCUCACCUCAACCAGUGGCUGCGCAUCCAAGCCAUGCAGGAGAGCAGGAUCCAGUUCCAGCUCAACGUCCUGCGGGGGAUGGUUUAUGCCACGGGCGGCCGGAACCGCUCGGGCAGCUUGGCUUCGGUGGAGAAAUACUGCCCCAAGGACAACGAGUGGACCUACGUGUGCUCGCUGAAGCGCAGGACGUGGGGCCACGCCGGGGCCACGGUGGGGGACAGGUUGUACAUUUCGGGGGGAUACGGAAUUUCCGUGGAGGACAAAAAAGCUCUGCACUGUUACGACCCCGCCGCCGACCAGUGGGAGUUUAAAACGCCCAUGAACGAGCCCAGGGUGCUGCACGCCAUGGUCAGUGCCAACAGCAGGAUUUAUGCCCUGGGGGGCCGCAUGGACCACGUGGAUCGCUGCUUUGAUGUCCUGGCCGUGGAAUUUUACGUGCCCGAGACCGACCAGUGGACCACGGUGAGCCCCAUGCGAGCCGGGCAGUCGGAGGCCGGUUGCUGCCUGCUGGAAAAAAAGAUUUACAUCGUGGGGGGCUACAACUGGCACCUCAACAACGUCACCAGCAUCGUGCAGGUCUACAACACCGAGACGGACGAGUGGGAGAGGGACUUGCACUUCCCAGAGUCUUUUGCCGGCAUUGCCUGUGCCCCCGUCAUCCUCCCGCAGGUGAUGAGCCAGAGGUGACCCCGGGGGGCUCUGGGGUUGUGGGAGAGGGGGAAAAGGACAAAGCAAAACCAAACAAAAUGGAAAAACUCCAGCUCUCUGCUCCAGAAAGUCCCUCCUGCUGCCGGGGAGUGCUGGCAAGGCAGUUCCAUCAGCAGCACUUGUCAGCCAGGCAGACUGAGCAGAUGUUACAGCUGGGAAAAGCUUUUCUCUCCUCUCUCUCUUUCUCUCUCUAUUUUUUCUUUUUUUUUUCUUUUUUUUUUUUUGUGGGGGGUGAAUUUUGCCAAAUUUUGUAUUUUUGCCGUCACUGCAAACAUUGGCAGCUCAGGAGUCACUCAGCACUGGGAUCUUGUUUCCAAGAGAUCAGGUGGGGUUUUUUUACCAAGAGCUCCAGAAAUAAAAACCAUUGUGCGUGGCUUUGUUGGUUUUUUAGCAAACAGAAGAAAAAAAAAAAAAAAAACAAAAAACAAAAAAACCCACCAAAACCUGUGUAACACACUGACCUCCAGAAGCAAUAAAAGGACAGUGGGAGCUACAAGAGCUCAGGUGCUUGGAUUGGGAAAGCAGAUCCUUGUUUUUCAAAGGUGAUUUUUGCUUUUUUUCCCUUCCUGGGAAAGGGAAUAUUUAUCCCUGCACACCUCUGGUCUUCAGUGCUUGGAUCACGCUGCAAUUCCUCACCCCCUCCAGCUCCUCUGGUGCAGAAAUUCUCCCUUAAUUGGGGCCUGCAGAGUUUGCAGCACUAAAGCCAUGGUGAAAGCUUGAUUAUAUAUAAACAGGAUGAUUAUUUGGGUUUAGAAGUGCCAAAAAUUUGGCUGCCCUGGCAAUAAGAGCUCUGCAGCUGUCCAUCAGUGAAUCCUGCAGAUUCUGGGUUGGGAUUUUCACCUUUCCCAGCUCUUCCUCCAGGAAAGGAGGUGGGUGCUACUCCUCCAGCAGCUGGGAGCUUUUCAUCCCUGCCACGUGAAUGAGCUGCUUGGCAUCCCAAAAAAGUGAUGGCAGCCCCAGUGGAAUGUGGUUUUGUUGUUGUGGUGGUAUUUUAAAUUAAGAGAUUGGUUAAAGAUGGCUCUGUCAUAUUUUUUUGUGAAAUCUUCACUGCACAGAACACUUCCUGAACUUUCCUCCAAGCCAUUUUCCUGAUUGAAUUUGAUGAAUGAAUUGCAAAGAUCUCUGCUUUUAUCAGGAAUUCCGUUUCCAAGGGCUUUGUUUUGUAUCUGUGUCAGCUUGAUUUGGAUGCACACAAUCUCCUUUUGCAGAGAAGCUGUUGCAUUCUGCUGUGAAAUAAAUCCUGCAACCUUCA